GCAAGGGACGGUCAUCCUCUCAACCUACAGACCCAGUGAGCCCUAGGCCCUCACCCCAGACCCAGCUGCUGGACAGGACCCAGCCCCACUCCCAGAGACAAUGACCAUGUUUGAAAAUGUCACCCGGGCCCUGGCCAGACAGCUAAACCCUCGAGGGGACCUGACACCACUUGACAGCCUCAUCGACUUCAAGCGCUUCCAUCCCUUCUGCCUGCUGCUGAGGAAGAGGAAGAGCACGCUCUUCUGGGGGGCCCGGUACGUCCGCACCGACUACACACUGCUGGAUGUGCUUGAGCCCGGCAGCUCACCUUCAGACCCAACAGACACUGGGAAUUUUGGCUUUAAGAAUAUGCUGGACACCCGAGUGGAGGGAGAUGUGGAUGUACCGAAGACGGUGAAGGUGAAGGGAACAGCAGGGCUCUCGCAGAACAGCACUCUGGAGGUCCAGACACUCAGUGUGGCUCCCAAGGCCCUGGAGACCUUGCGGGAGAGGAAGCUGGCAGCAGACCACCCAUUCCUGAAGGAGAUGCAAGAUCAAGGGGAGAACCUGUAUGUGGUGAUGGAGGUGGUGGAGACGGUGCAGGAGGUCACACUGGAGCGAGCCGGCAAGGCAGAGGCCUGCUUCUCCCUCCCCUUCUUCGCCCCAUUGGGGCUACAGGGAUCCAUAAAUCACAAGGAGGCUGUAACCAUCCCCAAGGGCUGCGUCCUGGCCUUUCGAGUGAGACAGCUGAUGGUCAAAGGCAAAGAUGAGUGGGAUAUUCCACAUAUCUGCAAUGAUAACAUGCAAACCUUCCCUCCUGGAGAAAAGUCAGGAGAGGAGAAGGUCAUCCUUAUCCAGGCAUCUGAUGUUGGGGACGUACACGAAGGCUUCAGGACACUAAAAGAAGAAGUUCAGAGAGAGACCCAACAAGUGGAGAAGCUGAGCCGAGUAGGGCAAAGCUCCCUGCUCAGCUCCCUCAGCAAACUUCUAGGGAAGAAAAAGGAGCUACAAGACCUUGAGCUCGCACUUGAAGGGGCUCUAGACAAGGGACAUGAAGUGACCCUGGAGGCACUCCCAAAAGAUGUCCUGCUAUCAAAGGAGGCCGUGGGCGCCAUCCUCUAUUUCGUUGGAGCCCUAACAGAGCUAAGUGAAGCCCAACAGAAGCUGCUGGUGAAAUCCAUGGAGAAAAAGAUCCUACCCGUGCAGCUAAAGCUGGUGGAGAGCACGAUGGAACAGAACUUCCUGCUGGAUAAAGAGGGUGUUUUCCCCCUGCAACCUGAGCUGCUCUCCUCCCUUGGGGACGAGGAGCUGACCCUCACGGAGGCUCUAGUUGGGCUAAGCGGCCUGGAAGUGCAGAGAUCGGGCCCCCAAUAUAUGUGGGACCCAGACACCCUCCCUCGCCUCUGUGCUCUUUAUGCGGGCCUCUCUCUCCUUCAGCAGCUGACCAAGGCCUCCUAAUUUGCCUUUUACGUCUGCUUCAUGACUCCCUAAUGCUUUCCCAACCUCGUGGUGCUGUGUCCUUACCACCUAAGGGCAUUUCAGAGCCAUCGGCUGAAGACAUCUGAAAUCUCAGUUGGUCACCCAUGAUAACCAACUUCCACCUGCCCAACCAUAUAUCACCCCCUAUGCCUCCAGCUCCACAACCCACUAAGCCCAUCUGCUGAUGCUUAAAUUUUCUUUACUUUUCUUUUUUUUCCUUUUUUUUGAAAUGGAGGCUCGCUCUGUCACCCAGGCUGGAGUGCAGUGGUGUGAUCUUGGCUCACUGCGACCUCCGCCUCCCGGGUUCAAGCAAUUCUCCUGCCUCAGCCUCUCGAGCAGCUGGAAUUACAGGCACGCGCCACGACACCCAGCUAAUUUUUGUAUUUUUAGUAGAGACAAGGUUUCAUCAUGUUGCGCAGGUUGGUCUCGAACUCCUGGCCUCAAGUGAUCUGCCCGCCUCGGCCUCCCAAAGUGCUGGGAUUACAGGCAUGAGCCACCGUGCCCGGCCUAUGCUUAAAUAUUCUAGGAGUAGAAGCACUCAGACUUUUAAAACUAUGAGCCGUUUCAGCAAAACUGAGAAAAAAAAAAGAUUAAUUAAUUUCCUAUCCUAAUCCCUCCUACUUAUACUACCCCAAAAAACAAGCUUUACUGGAAUUAAUGGAAAAUAUUAUGUCAAUCUUAGGAAUGAUAUGUCUUUUGGUGUUUUUCUUUAAAGAAUUUAUCAUACAGAAAUUCUUAAUUUGUGCCAGAAAAAGAAAUUGUUAUCAUACUGCAUAUAAAUCAUAUGUACAUGAAUAUGAUGCUGUACUGUCCUCAGGCAAACUGGAAAAUGCUCAGAGGGUAUAGAAUGUGGAAUCCAGAUUUUUUUUUCUGUUGAAUUAGUUUUCUUUAAUGGAAUCUUGAGUCUCAAGUGAGAAGAUAUCAAAGCAGUUUGUCUUCAAAGAAGAGCAUUUGGGGGUCCCCUAGCUCUGGGUUGAGGGAAAGACCGAGAGAUAUAUAGUAGAAUCCCGAAACAAAAAUAAGACAGAUUUCAAAUUUAUUGAACAGAAAAUGCAGAUGGGCCUUUAAAAAAAAGGGGGACCCAAGAAUAAGACUAACCCAAAACUUUAAAAACUAAAUUGUGAUAUUAUUUCACCUUUCUCUGUUCUGCCCUGAAAUUUAGGGUUCUUGUAGGAGGAAGUAGUGUGGGUAGGCUUGGCAUAUGGACCUACUACUAAUAUGGAUAUUACAAUCUCAUCAAACCGCUGGGUUUAUAUCAUCCUCCUCUGCCUAAAAGCUGGGUUUGAACAUCUUUCACCAACCUCUUUUAAAGCAGUAUCAGGACCGGACACCGUAGCUCACGCCUGUAAUCCCAGCACUUUGGGAGGCUAAUGUGGGCAGAUCGCUUGAAUCCAGGAGUUCAAGACCAGCCUGGGCAACAUGGCGAAACCCCAUCUCUACAAGAUAUACCAAAAAUUAGCCAGGCAUAGUGGCAUGUGUCUGUGGUCCCAGCUACUCGGGAGACUGAGGUUGGAGGAUCACUUGAGCCUGGGAGGCUGAGGCUGCAGUUAGCCAAGAUAGCACCACUGCACUCCAGCUUGGGUGAUGGAGCGAGAUCCUGUCUCAAAAAAUAAAAAUAAUUUUUAAAAAAGUAGUUCUGUGAGUGCAGCGCAUGCCUGUAAUCCCAGCACUUUGCAAGGCCGAGGCAGGAGGAUCAUCUGAGGUCAGGAGUUCAAGAACAGCCUAACCAACAUAGUGAAGCCCUGUCUCUACUAAAAAUUAAAAAAAAAAAUUAAAAAUUAGCUGGACGUGGUGGCUCGCACCUGUAGUCCCAGCUACUCAGGAGAAGGAGGCAGGAGAAUCGCUUGAACCCCAGAGGGGGAGGUUGCAGUGAGCCAAGAUCACGACACUGUACUCCCUAGCCUGGCCAACAGAAUGAGAUUCCGUUUAAAAAAAAAAAAAGUUUUAUGAGUGGAAGAAUUUCUCUAAGGAUUUUGGUCCCUGGAGUCAGACUCUCCCGCAGUGUC